CCAUACAAAAUUUCAUUGGCUGAUGGCCCAUGGUUGGAAUAUUGAAAUGUUUUCAUUGGUCAAAAGCAGAUAUAUUUCGUACACGGAACCCUUUUUAAUUUAUAUUUUUUUUAAAUAAUAGUAACAACUACAAGGGAACACACUCUGAACAAAUUUAAAGAACUUCCGUAACUGAAUGUCACUAGUGGAAGGACAACAACAACAAAAUACAACUUAUCUCGGUUUAGUUAAUUAUUUUUAUUUUUAAAGUGAACCGGGCAGAUAUAAUAAACUGACAGCAUCAUUGAUAACUCGUUGCCUAUAAUAAGCUAUAAUCAGGUCCAAUUUAAUCUUCGGGCUUAUAUCUUAUAUUAUUAAAAGUAAGUUUAAAGCAUUCAUUCAUUUAUUUAUUAUGAUUUUAAUCGUGCUGUUCGACUCGAGAGUAAAAGUAAAGUGACUGACUGAGACGACUCGCUGAGAGUGACACAUGAUUAGCUCUUAGUCUUAGUUUUCAGGGUUUUGCAUAUCCCUGGAAAAUGGGAAUGGAGUUUUCCUCAUCCCAGGUUAUAAUUAAUUUUAAAAUAUAUCAUAAACUGAAUGAAACUAUAAAAGUAUAAAUUAAAGGGUAAAAGUGCAGUUCAGGUACGUAUAUUAUUUCUAGUCGUAUUUCAUAUUUUGCCGUGUAAAAUUAUGUGAAUUUUUUUAUAAAAGAAUUUUUUAAAGUUAAAGUAAAAUGCCAUCUUUGACUAAACUAAAUCUAAAUGAAAAUGUAUCCCUAUGCCUAUACUAAGCUAGAUUAGGUACUCCAACUCAAAUUUUCAAAUGCACCUGACUAGAUACUUCGCCGAAGCAAGGGACACUCCUAGUAAAUUUGUAUCGGAAAUGGCCAUCGGCGCAGUAGGAUCAGAGUUUUUAAUUUUCUCAUCUGCAUUUAAUUUGAAUAAAUUAGGAGUCAUUUUGGCCCAUAAUUAAGGUUUUACUCCGCCCAUUAACGUUAGGAGAAAUGUUGAACUAUAUUCCCAUUGAGUUAAUUUUUUCUUUAUCUCAACUUUAAGUGAGGAAAAUCGUAUGUCAAUAUAAGGCAUCUUCGCAUUAAAAAAUUCUGUCUAAAUAUUCAAAGUAGGUCUUUCAUAUUAAAAGUAGGCCUGCAUAAUUUGUUGAAGUACACGUGUGCAAAAUUUCAUUGAGAUAGCUCAUGAAACAUUUUCACAAUUCUCCUUAACGUUGAUCUCAUUAUGCAAAGGUCGCACAGGCCAUUUUGGAUUAGUGAUCCCGCCCCCUUUUAAAUGUCAGAAAACGCCGAUACUUAGCUUAGGAAAUAUUCAUUAUUAUCUCUAUAUACAUCAAAAUAUUUGAUAACUUGUGUUUCAGAAUGCAUUUUGAAAAUAUUUAAACUAGAAUUGUUAAAUUUGAGCUUUAAAAACCAGGUAGAGUCUAUAUUAUUAGCGAUCUGAAUUGACAGUGUGCAAAAAGUCAUGGGAAACCACAGCCAUUUGCAUAAUGCUAUGCUGUAAUACUACCGACUACCUCAAGUUUCAUUCGUAAGAGUUUGCAGUGUGCAAAAACUAUUAACAACAUUGGUCAAGAAAAGCUUUAGUUAAUUAGUCAUGUGCCGAAGUUGAAAGUUCAACAACAAUUUAGGGGGUGCGUUGCCUUAUAUAGACUAUAUAGCAUUUACCGGUAUAAUGGACGCUGAAGAUGUGGUAAACAGAAACGGAGUGUCUACACGUCUGGCGCGCCGGACAAAUAGUGCGCAAGAUAUACGUCCGGCGGUAUGUCACGUGACCGCCGGACGGCUAGUAGUUUUUAUAAUUCCGAACGAGGUACAGUUUGGUAGAUCUUGUGUGGUUUGAUGGUAGAGUGGUCGCUUGACGAUAUUAUGAUCUGAGGAUCAAUACCGGGGAUAGGAUCGUUGUUUUUUUCCUCCCAUUUUAAUGUAAAAUAUUUUAUACUAUAUUUAUAUUAUCAUGUUUAUCAGCAACAGUAGCUUCAGGAGAAGUUUUUAAAUAUUUUCUAACAAUUUAAAAUGUGACUUGGUCGCCGGACAAAUAGUGCGGGAGAUAGACGUCUUGCGCGCACUGCCAAACAGAAAAGCCAUAUAUUAAUACAUUAUAUUAAAUUUACUGAUAUAAAUAGUUCAUAGUUAGAUAAGCUACAAUUUAUCUAUAAUUGUUAACAUUAUUAAACUUAUUUUUUUAAUACAGCAUUAGUUCUGAAAAUAAAAUCAUCACUAAAACAAGAGUUAUAUAACUCGUGACGCGAUCAGCGGAAUUGGGUACCAGAAAAUGGAGAUGUUAAAAAAGGACAAAUUAAGUCGUACUUUAAAAAUUCAUAACUUUAAAACUACAACAGCUAAAAAUAUGAUUUUGGUGUUAUAAUUCUUUUAAAAAUCAGCUCUAUUCAACUAUGCCAUUGGUUUAUUUUUUUUUUUAAGUUUUAAUUUUUGUAUCAAAGUAUCUACCUAUGCCUAACCUGGACCCUAAAUCGAUCCCUAUGCCUAACCUGAACCCUAAAUCGAUUCCUCAACCUAACCUAAACCCCAAUUCACUGCAACUAUAAUAAACACGCAAAUGACGUCAGGGGAUGAUACUCAACAUUAGCCCCAUCUUUUUUGUUGGAAUACAACAUUGUAACAAAUUUUAUGAGAUAAAAAAAAUGGAUCUUUUGUCUUUUACUAGGUACUUCCGCAUCGCCCGGAAAUUCCAGAAAAACGGGUAUCAUAAUUUCUUUGUCAAAAUGGCGACCUCCACUUUUUAAUUUACUGAGGGUAUUGUUGUUUUGCCUUUUAAUGUCGAUUAUAUGCAGAAUAAUAAAUUCUACAUCCGCCAAUUUCAUAAAGCCAACAUCUUGCUUGUUGUAAUGAGAGUUCGUUUGAUUUCAUUUUUCGAGGUUAAAGCUUUGAAAAUUAAAGUUAAAAAUAGGUAAUCUUCACUCAUCAAUAAUUUUUUUUAAAAAAUGCGCUCAUUAUUAAAAAAAAAAAUCUAAUUUAGUUUAUAUGUUCAUUUACAACAUAUCCAAAAUUCAUGAGUGCAGUCCAUCGGAAGGGUUCAAAAACGAAAGUCAAAGAGGUCAUUUUUUUAGGCUAUUUAAUUUGUCAUCAUGGCAACCAUGCUUGUCUGCUUAUUGCCAUUUGUCGAUAGCAGCCAUGGGGUAGUUAAGAGUUCAUUAAAUGGGUUAUCCGGAAUAUAAAUGGGAAAUAUAACUAAUAGUAAUUGAUUUUAAAUAAAUAAAAAAUGUUUUAAAAAAUAAUUAACUAUUUAUAAAAUUUAUUAGUUUAGUUUAUGAUUAUGAACUAUCAGUGAUUUUAAUUUUGAGGUUGGUUGCCAUGGCCAUGGACUUAGACUUACAAUUUAUUGAUAGCAGUUGUGGGGUAGUUAAUAAUUCAUCAAAUUUGUUUUACAGAAUAUAAAUGGGGAAUACAACUAUUAAUAAAUCAUUUAAAUUUUUAAAAAAAUGUGUUACAAUAUAAACAAUUAUUAUUGGCUUAUGAAAUAUCAGUGUUUUUAAAAUUUAGUUAGGGUUUGUUUGCCAUGGACUUGGGAUUGAUAACCACUUGUAUUUGAUUUAGAAUAGGCUUAGUUGAAGUAUAAUAUUAUAAUAAUAGUAAUGAUUUAGUGAGUGGGAUAAAUAGCUUUUAUUACAUAUAAUACAUUAUAUUAGUUUAUAUAUUAUAUAUAUAUAUAUAUUGGCCUAUAAGCUUAGUAUAAUAUAUAGUUUAGGCCUAACUCAAACCCAAUUUAUUAUUUGUGGGGCUUAUUGUAAAAAAUUAGAUGUAAUGAAAUUUUAUGCUAUAUAAUCAUAUUAUGAUUCUGAAGACAUAAAAUAAGUAAAAAUGUAAAAAAAUAUUCACUUACCUUUGGUAUUGAAAUAUCCUAUAGUUAAUCACAUAUCACAAAUAUUCCAAAAGUGAAUUAUUAUAUAAUCCUAAUUAUUCGCAAAGCAAAAACACACUUUCUGCCACAAUAAUCCAACAAUUUCUUAAGAUAUUAUUAAAGAACAAUCAUACAAACUUGUGCUUACCUCAAGCAAAUGACUAGAAAUUGUUUUAAUUUUUAUCAACCGCAAAAGUUGAUUCUUACAAUUCAUGUUGAUUUGUGAAACAACAUAUGACUAACUCAAAAUAAAUGACAUACUAAUUUUUGUCAUAUUCAUAUAGGACUAAAAUACAUAAAUAGAAAAUGGAAAAAAAUAAAAAGUGUAAUCGUCAAUUUUUACUAAAUUAAACAAAUACCAGUAAUCACUUUAUUUUUGUUUAUUCUUAUAAAUGUUAAACAAUUCCACUAAAAAUUUAAAAUUAAUAUCGCAAUAUUAUUAUAAGUUUGGGUGAAAUUAAAAGAAAAAUAUUUAAACAAAAUUAAUUAAUUAAUUACAAAUAAGUGACGAGUCAGCAUAUUUUAAACAUUUUUAACAGGAAAAUAAUAGUUUUUCCCUAAAUUUUGCGGCAUAUCCACAAAAGCUAACUUACAUUUUGUGGCUUUAUUUGGAAGUACUCUUAUUUAACUAUGUUCCCUGUAAAUAUUAUAUUUUUGUCUCAUUUUAUAAUAAAGUUUUAGGCGUUUAAUGAAAGGGAAAAUGAGGGCCACAAAUGUGGAGGAAAAUCCCAUAGUGAAAAAGUGGCUUUGAGGUCCCUACUAAAAAUUUCAUAACUUUUGAACCACUUGAGCUAGAAAGUUGAUCUUGGUGUUUUUGUAAUCUAUUCUCCGGGCUCUAUUGUAUUAUUGUUAUAUUUUUAAAAAUGUUUUGAAAUUUUCAUGAAAGUACACCUAUCUUUUACGGAACCAUUGUGUUAAAUCAAGGAUAACUCUUCUGUCUUUAAAGAUACUUUAUAAAAGUUGCCCAGUUGGAUGUAUCUUGUAUUUAUUUUAUAACUUUACAAUCAAAUAUAACUGAAUAGUUGUAGGUAGGUACUUGGAUAAAAUUUUCAAAUUGGAUGAAUUAAAAAAUGAACACAUCUGUAAGGUGGCCCUUUUUAAAUGAAGUAAUAAUAUGUUCUCAUUUUUCAUGUUGCACUUUUGGUUAAAAAGUUAUGAUUUUUUUUCUUGAAUAAUUUUUAACAUAGAGAUUUGGUACCAGUUUUCAAAAUUUUUUUAUGAAAAGGCUUUAUGAAAACUUUAUAGCUUAGUGGACAAAUAAUAUGAAACUUUCCAGAAGUGUUCAUCAUCAUAUUAUCAACAUCUUUGUUGCUUUAAAAACUAAAAAAAAUUAAAUAGAAUAUUUUAAAAAUAUUUUUAAUGUCAUUAAUUGAAAAACUUUUUAAAAAAAAUAUUUUUUUUUUAAAAAUUAAGACCAAACGUAAUUUAUUUUAAAACAGGAAAUAUAACGGAGGCAAUUAUACAAUAAAAAUUAUAAUUUAAUUUAAAAGGGAGCAAUAUUUGAUACAAUAUUAGUUAAUAUGUCUAUUAUUAUAUUGAUAUUACAAUAUCAAAACAUAAUAUUAAUUAAGAUGGAACUUGAUUGCUUUAAGAAUUAUAAAAUUUCUUGGGCUUUCUUAUCUGUCAACUAGUUAGUCAUAAAUAAUACUUUUUCCGGUUUGUCACUUUUGUUUUCGGCCAUUUUUUUCUUUUUAAAGUUUUAGACCCGUUUUGGCCAAAAAUAACAUUGUUAUGGCCAUCUUCUUAGAGACUUGAAAUUUUACAUGGCCAUUUUUGAUACAAUUUUACAGGUACAGCAGGUCGAUUUAAAAUGGGACAACGAAUAGUUUUCAAAAUAUUGAUAAAUUAUACUUUCUCAUAUUUUUUAAAUUUACGACAUACUGAUAUUACUAAAAACAAAAUGGAUGCGGUUAAAGCCCGUUCAUUAACAUAACUAGAGCAGUAAUUCGUUCGUUGAUCCCACCUAGCGCGAAGAAAAAUAAUAUUUUAGCGAACCCUAUCAUCCAGCACAUCCAAAAAAGCGCGUACCGGAAAUUUCGACGGAAGAAAUUUAGCAGGCGGUAAAUUGAUCGACCGGAAGUUUGGUCGAACGGUAAUUUGACCGAAUGGAAAUAUGAUCGAACGGAAGUUUUACCGAACUGUAAUUUGAUCGAACGGAAGUCUGGUCGAACGGAAUUUUGAUCGAAUGGAAGUUUAGUCGAACGGAAUUUUGAUUGAACGGAAGUUUGGUCGAACGGAAAUUGGAUCGAAACAAUUUUGUUUUGUUUUUGUUGUAAAUAAAAGGCUGCUUACUUUUGCCAAUGCUCAGUUCACACAUUCAAAAGUUCGAUAGUUAAAUUUCUUUCUGAACGCACUGUGUAGUAGUGUAUAGUAAAACAAAAUAAUCAUUAUAAUGCGUUCAAAAAGAAAUUUAACGCAAAAUUUGAUAGUGUAAACUAUGCAGCAAGUAUUAAGACAUUCGAAUUCGUGUGUGAAAUUGUGGAAAUCUAUAAUUAUACUUAUUACUUAUACUACUACUACUAUAUUUUAGAUUUUGAAUUAAUUUUACUUUUUUCUUCCAUAUUAUUAUAUAAUGUGUAAAAAUGAUAAUUAGUUUUUUAAGAAUUGAUACAAUUUUAUUUAUUUUAACCUUUCCUUGUCAAAAGAGAGUUUCUGUAUACUAAAUGUUUGCAACAUUUCAUUUAUAAUGAUAUGAUUUAGUACGUUUCCUUUGAAACAAGAUGUCCGCUCUCUCGGAAUUUACCAUACAUUUUUUAAGGUUAUAAAUACAAAUAGUUAUCGAUUCAAAAUCAAACACCAUCAUUGCAAUGAAUCUGUGUAAUGUCACUAUUACUCAGGCAGCUACGCUUAGGUCACUUAGCUCUACUAGGUUAGGCUUAGUUUAGUCAUAGUUUUGAAGCCUAGGCCUAGGCCAAAGACUUUGUAAGAUUAAAUUUUAUUAAUUUUUAAUUAAGGUUUGCUUAGAAGUUGUAGUAGAAGUUUAAGUUAGUAAAUAAUGGUUUAAUAACACCUUCACCUGAAUUAUUAUAAAAAUAUCAGAUGUCAGAUGAUGUAGCCUACUUUAUAAUUUAUACCAGUAGCAGUAGUAUAUUAUAAUAUAAUAUAAUUAUAAAUAUUAUUCUAAAAAUAUUGCAGGCUAAGUUUCUAUAAUGUUAUUAAUUUACUUUUUUGUAGCUUGAGACUUAAUAUUAUAAAUUACAAUGUCGGCCUAAUGGAUACAUUCAAGAAGAGGAGCUAAAUUACAUAUAAGUAAUACUAUACUAUGGACAUGAACUGGACAUUAUAACAAUAGUCUUAGAUAGCAGCUUUUGCCAAACUGUUAAGUUGGGUGGAUUGGUGAACAAAAUUGCACUAAGUACCAGUGCCAGAUUGAUUCAUUAUAUUUUAUUUUAAUUUGGGAAACAGCUGGUCUGAAGUAUUAUUUCUAGUCCAAAUGUAGCCAUACUCGGUAUACUCAUAGAUUAAUAAAAAUAAAUAAAACUUUCAUGUAAGAUCUAACCUAUCUUUUUAUCUAAGAGGAAAAUUCCUGCACAGUUAUAUUAUAUACAAAGCAAGUUUUCUAAAUUGAUAUGUAUGGUAGUGGUAGGCAUAAAUAUUUAUAAUCUUCAUUCAUUAUUAACUUUGACAUUAAUAAAUAUAACUUUUCAUUUUGUCCUUUUUUAGAAUUUCCCCCCAAAAAGAAAAAUCUGCUCAGAAGUGAAAGUUUAGCUGAUGAUUGCAUAUUACUAAUGAACAUUUUACAAGCUUUCUUGACCAGCCCUUUCUCAUUCCUGACUUAUUAUUGUCUCCUCAUUCCUUUUCCAAACCAAAAUUAAUGGAAAGUGAUUUUUAAAAUAUGUUUGUCUCUUUUUUUUCUUGUGUUGUUCUGAUAGUAGAUAACUGUUUUCUGUUAUUACCUAAAAAAUAAACUUUAGGCAUGCAUUUUUCAAUUUAUCUUAUAGUAUUUUUUACUUUAUGUGUUUAGGCUAAAAAUAUGUUUGUGUCCUCCAGCACACGACAACCCCAGGUUGCAGGCAUUGCUGAUUAAGAAACUGUGCCAUGAAGAGGAUUUAAGUCUGAGAAUUAGGGUCAUGUAAAAUGCCUACCAUUUAACAAAUCAAAAUUAAAAAGGUUAAAUGGAAGUUAGAAACAGUAACUAACAACAUAAGUUGUACUUGACUGUAGUGUUAGAUUGAAUAGUAUAUAUGUCUUAUAUCUUGCAAAUAAAAAAAUUGGGAACUUUCAAAUCUCUCACAUACAAUCAGUUUUACAUUGAACUUAAACACAUUUUUUAAAGUUUGUCACAAACACUUUUUCUUAAAAAUUAUAAUUAAAAUAUUAACACAAUUUUGCAAAAUAUCAAUUGAGACAAAAAGUCCAUUUUAGUACAUUUGGAAAAAAAAACAUUAAAAAAAAAUAACUUGAAAGGAAAUUUAAAUUCUAAACUUUUUAAAAAAAGAGCAUUGAUUUGUUGUAUUGGAAUUUUUAUUUGAAACUUUCUGGUCCACGAACGUCUAUUGUAAAUAGUGUGUAAUAUUUGUGUAAUAAAAUACUUUAAAUUGCAUUUAUCUGAAUAUGUCAAUUGCAUGGUUUACAUUGGGAACAAUGUUUAAGGGACCUUUAUCAAAUGCUAGAUAUUAAGUCUGUGUAUUAAUUAAAUAAUUUAUAACAUUAAUCUUCACAUGAGACAAUUGUAUAUGAUGAUGUACAAAAGUUUAGGCUUGGGUUAAAAAGGGUGAUAAAACUACUCACUUUACGAAUUCCUAUAAAUAUAUUGACUAAACUUUGCCAAUAAUCUUUAAAUAAAUCAAGAAGGAAACAUUUAUUUUCUUGAUGAAAAUACCUAUUUAACACCAGGCUCUGAGGACACUAUUUGAAUCCCUUUCAAAACGGUGCCACAGAACAAAGUCACACUAUAUUCUAGAAUCUAGAUGAACAUGGGUUUUCUUCAGCUCAGAUGACCUAAAUUCUUCAUUGUAAAUUCUCAGUUAAUGGGUCGAUCCAAAAACUAAAAUAUAAUUGAGACAUGAGAUAUUCAUUUGUUUGUACCGGUAUAAACAAUAUAAAUAAAUUUAGAAAUUUAUCAAAAGAAGUUUAAAAAAAUUAUUUAUUUCUUGUCCGUUGUCACUAACUAAAAGAAUAUAUAUUUAUUCUCUCAUAGUAGAAAAGUUUACUGUGGUAUAGAUUAUUUCAAUUAUCAAUUAACAACUAACAAUGCAUAAAAUUUUUCUUUUGUUCCAACAUCUAAAACACAUUAGCAAGAGGAAAAACUCAUGUAUCAAUAUCAGAAAAAAGUUACCAUAACAUAAGGUCAUGUCACAUAUUGUGUCAUAGAGUAACAUUAGUAAGGAAUACACAAUGGGUAUACGUCAUUUCUUGACAUGAAGUAAGUUCUUAUAGACAAUAAUUUCAUAAAACUUACAGUCCUCACUGAUAAAAUGAAGAAACCAAUGGGUCUUUUCAAACAUCACCAGAUGUUAUGAACUUUAGAAGGACUAUAUCCAAAUAAUGAAGUCCCAUACUGUUAUAUAUGAUUUAUAAAUAUAAUAAAACAGUUCUAUUGUGACUGUUACUGUUGGUUCAUUAAAUUUAAUGUCACACUUUAAUAGGCAAUAUUAUGUGCUAUUCCACGUAAAUAGUCCUCAGCCUGAAUAUUGGGUUCAAAAGAAUUGACAAUGCGAGUGAGUCUUUCUGCUGAAUCUUUAUAUUGUUUUCUUCCUGGAGGAGGCUCUUGACCACUGAUGUAUUGUUCAAUACGAAGUUCGUUCAAACUUUGUUCACGUUUGAUAGCUUUUAUAAAUUUCCAAAUGUUGGGGUGGUCAGCGCAAACUUGGUUUUGAAAGCCCCUGUGCCAACCUUCAAGAGCACUGUUGGUUUUUGGCAAACCUUGUUGACUAGCAUCAAAGCAAUUCCACAUAUGAAGGGGAAAUCGAGGUGGAUGGCGGUGACUAUGAUUAGGUCAACCGAUCCAUGUGUCCUCAAAAUAGUCAACAACUACUUGAGCUUCAGGGGGUAAAAUAUUUCUGUUGCAAAGUAACUCAAAAUACUCUACCACAUGUUGUGUAGGAACAAAUGCUAAGGCAGCUAACAUUCUUAUCCUUAAUGCAAAUUCGGGGUCACAGUUGUAAUAUAGCUUCAAGCCAUUUGUUUGCAAAUUUCUAUAGAUAAACUGGCAGAAGUGAAAAAAGCAUCCUCGAAUAAUUGUUUGAGGGAACUCAACAUUUAUGGCAUUUACCAUUGCAAGCUCAAAGUCUAUGAGAAAAGUUUGAGGAUUACAAGCAGACUCCAAGUCUUUGAUAGCUCUUAAAAGUUAUAUAUAACUUUGUACAGUUUUGUUUGGAAGAAGUGCAUAAACUAAUUGAGCAGCAGUAUGUUCACGUAACCCAUGUAUUGUAUACAAUUGUUCAAAUAAAGUUGGUACCAUUUUAAAAGUACCAUUUGCAUACCAGUUUUUUGAGCUUGAAAGUAAACAUAGGUUAUUCCUGGUUGAAAUAUUAAAAUUCUGUCAUCCACCGGCCCAAAAUAAAACAGUAAAAAGUCUUCACCAUUCUCUGUAGAAAUAUAUUCGCUAAGGAAUCUAAUGUCCCUCCUAUGAGUAGGAAUAGCUGGACCCCGAGUCUCUUUUAUUCUAUGAUUUCUUAUGUUUCUUUUCAUAGCUUCAACUGAAGGCAGUUGACGUUUCGUUGCUGGUGUUAAAUUUAGUGAACAUUAGAUAAAAUAUAAUGCGGAGAUUCGCAUGUCGUUAUAGCGUCUCUUUUAAUCUGGUUCAUAACAUCAACUACAAGUUUUAUUUUUAUUUUUUGUGCUUGUAACAGUUAUCCUCUGACAAGGAUGCCAUUUUGAAUACUUGUCAUUUAAGGACUACCCAUCGGUUUGAUGCCACUAAUUACCGAACAAAAUUUGAGCUUUUGUUGUUAGAAAUCAGUGUUGUCCCUCGUCACACAUUUAAAUAAGGUUAUCCGAUUUUCUAAGAAUUUUUAUAAAAACGGGGCUAAGAUUGAGAUAGAAAGAAAAACUGUUCGAAAGAAUACAUUUUAAAAAAAGACGUUUUAGUUGUGGUAUUUAAAUGUUAACUUGAUAAGUUAAUUUCUCAAUGAUUAAAUAGCUACUGUUUCGUAUUUUUCUGUUUGAAAAAAUUCCUUUCGUACACACAUCCUUUCGAACACAGGAACAGAUCUCCAUAAUUCUCACUACAAGUCUUAAACAUAAAAUUUAUUUACAAGAAAAAUAAAAAGAAGAAUCGAACAAAAUUCAGCUUGAACAAACUAACAGUGGAACAAAUUACACUAUCCACAUUUCUCCCUGGCACCUCUUAGAUUUAAAAAACAGGCACUUCUUAGAUUUAAAAAACAGGCACUUCUUAGAUUUAAAAAACAAUCAACCAAAGUUCCAUUCGAUCAAAGUCCAGUUCUCCCAAAUUUUCGUUAGAUCAAACUUCCGUUCGAUCAAAUUUCCGUUCGGUCAAAUUUCCUGUCGAUCAAAUUUCCUUUCGGUCAAACUUCCAGUCGGUCAAACUUCCUGUCGAUCAAAUUUCCGUUCGGUCAAACUUCCGGUCGAUCAAAUUUCCGUUCGACCAAAUUUCUGUUCGAUCAAACUUCCAUCGAUCAAUUUUUGGUCGACAAAAUUUCCGGAUACAUAUAAAAGCGUCUCAAAACCCUAUGGGUCACGAUAGCGUCAAAAUAGCCUCAUAUCCAAGUACCUAUUAUAGGUAUAGGGAACUCUCAUACUUGACAUAUGUUGCCAGUUUACAAGUUACAAGCCAUAUUUAAAUUCCAUUAUGUUCUUCAAAGGGGAGCGCCUUGCGAGAAAUCCCAUAGUUAUAUUAAUGUUAUUGCUGACAAGUUCGCUGUUUCGUUGCAUUCUUUUUUUCUCAAGCUUUCCCAUACUUUAUUUCGCAAAUUUCCAUUUUCCUAGCCAGAUUGCAGUCUCUUCCUCUUAUUACCAUCAAAUUAUGUAACAUUAGCUGAUUUGAUAUAGCAGGCAGAUGCGAUGUUGAUGGGCUUUUCAAUGUGGCUAUCAAAUGUUAUUUUCCAUAUUUAUGUUUGGGAGUUAAGUGCUCACUUAUGUUUCUUCCCCCAGUUUUGUAAUAAUGGUUGACCUUUACUCCCCUUGACCCAAAUAGUAUCUCUAUAAUUGUGACCAAUUAUGAACUAAUAAAUUAACAUGAAUUUUGAAUUAUAAUAGGUAUUUUAAUGCAAAAUCGAUAUUAAUCAGUGAUCAGCCCAUUGGUUUAUCAUGCAGCCCUUUUUUGUGGAUCAUUAUUAAAUGCCAAAAUAACUCAACUUCAACAUGUGCUUUCAUACAUUUUGAUAUAUAUAGUGUUAUAUUGAGCAUAUUCCUCAAUUUAUGUCAUUUCUUCUCAGCAGUCGAAAAAACCAAAAUGGUAGAGUCCUAAUUCAAACUUUUGAGCCAUUUUUGCAGUGAUUUGAUUGAACCCCAUAGUUAUGUUCAAAGACAUUCAAAAGAAUGGCAUUAAAAGCACCUUUCAAGUUUAAUUAUAAUUGAAAACAUGUGGGCUUCAAGGAAUACAUUAAAUUAUAGCAUAUGUCAUAACAUAUGAAAUUAUGAGGGUCUGGAGUUAAUUAAGAAUGGCUCAUAUUGUGUAUCAUAUGUACCUAGUUAUAGAUAGAGCAAGUGUGAAUUAACUACCUUCUGCUUAUACUUAUAGUUCAUACUCCACAUAAUCUUUGGCUAUUGUUUAAAUCUCUACGGAUAUCAGUGAGAAUUAGUACUGGUAAAUCAUACAUUUUUUAAUGAUUAUCCCUUUGAUGGUCAUAAGAGAAGUACACAUCAGGUGAUAUUAAUUUGUGGAAAAUUAUAUGCAAACAGGCUAAUAGAAUCCAUUUAUUCCAUAUUUUGAAGUGGCAUAAACAAAAUGUCAUUGAUAUUCAGAUAAAUUACAAUUUCAUUGUUCACAGAAAUAUGUACCAAAUCAAAGACAAUGCAAAUAUAUUAUUUUAUUUUGGCUUUCCUGCCAACUUCAUAUGUCACCUUUGUCUGGUCCAUAAGAUCAACACCACCCAUAUGUUGAUUAUAUUUAUGAAUUUUCAAAGGGCAGCGUACAUCUGCUACUCAUCUUUUCAGGGUUGUUGUAGGAGUUGGUUAAAUUAAUUUGCUCAACAUCACAACACUUCUUCUGUCUAUCAAUUUCACACAGGCAAUCCCACAACUGGAAAUAGCACAAAUAAACCCUUUUUUCAUGUUCUCAUAAUUUGCCAGGCAGGUUGGCAUAUAUCUUUGAUUCACACGAACCAUUCCACAAGCUUGAAUGUGCUUUUCUGCAAGGAUGUACUGAAAAUUCAAAGAGUUGAAGAAAUUAUUAUAAACUACUUGGCAUCCUGUUCCGUUCUGGGUAAUCAUUCAGUAACAUGCAAGGUUAUCGACUCUCCCAAAUUAUGCUCCACAUACUGGGCUUUCUUGCCAAGAUAUGGUUCAACUUGAUAAAAAUAUCCAGUAUGAGCUUCACAUCUCCACCACUAUUUUGGCUGAAAAGCUGAUGUUGCUUUACUGGCCCUUAUUUUGCUGACAGACUAUAAUUACAACUUAUAACAUUCAAUUUUUGAUGAACUUGCCUUCUUUGAAUGACUUUUCUACCAUAGCAAUCAUUUCACUCACCAUGUAACUAGCUUCAACUGCUGCAUCACUUUCUUUCUUUGCUUUAUUGACAAAUUCUAGCUGACUCACUAGACAUGUUUUAAGUUUAAUCACCCAGGGUUCUCUCUUGUAUUUUGCCUACUCUUCAGCAUGUCUGGUUAUAUAAUGUGAUGUCUGAUGUUGUACUCCUUGUGCACCGCAAUUUUCUGUUAGUUACAUUUUAGUUACAUCAAAUAAAUUUACAUUAAAUUUGGCUAAAAGAAUUAAAAAUCUCUGCACAUACUUAUGCUUGUUUGUUCCAAAAAUUAGGCCAACAAGACAUUAAACUCAAAUAUUGAGCAUCACAUCAUCCCUAAACUCCGCAAGUGGACCCGGCCGUCACAUUAUGUAUCAUUGUUAACGGCACUGUAUCCUUAGUAAGAAGAUAAAAUUCCCAGUGAUCUAAAGUAAAAAUAGUCAGCUAAUAAAUGCUAUGAAAGUAAUGAGCUUCUGGUAAACAAAGGCGACAAAAAUACUGCAAUUCCCACUAGCGAUUUUAAAUCUAAAAUGUGUUCAAAUAGAAUGCAGGAGCAGGCAAUGUUUAUGAAUUAUUGAUGUGAAGUAAGAUGCUUUUUAAGAUUUUUUUUUUUUAUUUUAGAAAAGGACUUUUAAACUUAAACUAACCCUAUUUUAAAAGUGACCAAGCUGACAGGCUCAGAAUUUCCCUCACUCAUACACUGUGUCUGCAAUUUUAAUAGGGAUUCUUUGAUACUGUGUCAGAUUGCUAUGAUUUACACAAUUUUGGUUGUGCAUGAUACAUGUAUUAAUCGGUGACCGGACAACUGAACGCACGACAGGUGAACCCACUUUUUAAACUUUUGAUAUAUGUAAUACAUUAUUCAAAGCGUGCUUUCUCAAAAUCGCACUUUCCCCAUGUUUGUCUCAUAAAAUGAUAUAAAAUAAACACUUUUAAUCCGAUUAUAGAAAGUUUUUGACCAUUAUAAUCAACGUCCAAACCUAUACAAACGUAAUAAAAUUCAGAACUAGAUCAGUGGGUGAGAUUCUACUGAAACCGUUGCAAAGGGUCACAUUAUAGAAAUGAAAAUGUGGAUAAAGAGCGGGCAGCAUUAAUACUAAACUAUCAGGCCGCAAAAUAUUGUUUUGCGGGCCGCGAGUUUGAGUCCCCUGAUCUAUAGACUAAUACUGAGUAUGUUAUGAAAGAAUGUAUUGAAAUGAAUGAUAAGUGGGUGCACUUUCCUUGCCAUAUCAUCAGGAUCAUGCCAACCAUUGUUAUCAAUAAAAUGCAGAGCUGCUCAAAUGGCCUCCAAUUGCUGAAAAGGCAUAACUUGGGUGAUUUAUGGCACCGCCAUGCCGGGUUUUGUGGACAGGUUGGACCGUAACGUUGGCAUUGGCAGAGAAUGGUAACUCAUGACAAAAGUCACACUAAUAAAUGCCUUCAUCUCAGCAGGGUCCUGUCUAUUUAUUCAAGUUAAGCAUACUUUGUACUUAUAUUUCAUUUACACAACUUGAAUGCAGUCCAUCAAUUAUUAUCUAUGGCGAAAGUGUUUCCUUUCUAUUUUUUUCCAUGUUAAAGUGUUAGUAAGCCUGUGCUUUCUUAGAAUCUCUGAACAUAAAAGGUCUAUAGGUCUUGUGCCAUGUGAAAGUUAUAAAUGAUAAUAGAGAGGAGUUAGCAGGAACAGCUAGUUCUGGGAACUAACUGCAGAAGCACUGUCAUUUCCCUAAUAUUUUAGCCUUGACUGGGGGUUCAAUAACAUCUGUUCCUUUGGAAAAUUCUUGAUCUUCUGUUUCCAGUGCCAAGCUAGUCUCAUCCCCACUAUUAUGAGAUUUCAAAUACCGGUAUUGAAUAAUUUCAUCAUCAUCAAUGUAGAAGUGUUAUAUUAUAAUGGAAUCUGAAGUAGAAUGAGUGAAUCACAUCUGUAUAUCUAAUACUAAUAGACACAAAUGUGUCUUCCCUCAACUAUCAUGUAAUGUUAUGUGUCUUUAUGCUUAUUUUGCAACUUAAAAUCGAUUUUAUCUACACCAGGCCUGCACAACCCACAAUGUAAGGCGGGCCAUAAUACUUCAUGAAAAACUUGUGCGGCCAAAAGAAAAUGGGGGGGGGAGCUAUUAAGAAAAUAAUAAUAAUAAAGAAUAUUUUGUUACUUACGAAGUAAAUUUAAUGUGAAACAUUGCAUCGUUUUUCAGUAACAAGUUUGUCGUAUUCAGGAGAUAUAUUGGAAGUGGCUGUUCUCAAGAUGUCUUCCAAAUAAUCAUCAGUCAAACAUGAGCGUUGCUUGCAUUUAUUAAUGUUCAUUAUUGAAAAUGUCUGUUCACAUAGAUAAGGGUUUCUAAACACGAUUAAAGUUUUUAGUGCAACUUCGUAAAUAUUUUUGUACUUGUCACGGUCCAGAUUUUUAUAAAAUUCCUACAGGCUGCUCUCUCUGUGCUUGCGUCGAUAAAUUGCCGAAAAUUGUAGUUCGAUAACCUCCAGCUGCAGUUGAAAUGGUAUGUCCUCGGGUUUCACAGAAAAUGGAUCUUCAAUUAGUUUAAAAUGAGUUUCUUCUUCUUUAGAAAGAGUGAGUCUUUUAUCAUAUUCUUCUAUCAAAAUUUCAUUUCAUUAGCAAAUUGUUUUCCCAACUCUACAUGCUUGUCCUGAGGAAUAUGUUGUGCACAAGGGAAUCAUUUCAUCAUUUAGUAACUGGGUUUUAAAAAGUGUCAUUUUCAGUUUAAAAGCUUUUACUGCUGCAAACAUUUCAAAUACAAGUAGUUGCUUACCUUAAAGUUGAACGUUAAGGCCAUUUAGAUGUGUUGUAAUCUAUCGGCAUCCUUCCGUCUCGUGAGACGAUGGUGCAUCACCGUUUGGUUGGGUUGCAUUUUCUCGAGUGGCUGUGCAGUCCUAUCCUUGAGUGACAGUCUUUACCACAGUUUUUACACACGAGUUCCGUGCUUCUAAAUGUUUUGGCCUUUCUCCUAGCUCUUCUGUCUGCAGCCUCUUCCAUUCUUCGCUCCUCGGUUACCAUGACGCCCUCUUUGACAACUGUGCGCCACGUAGAUCGGUCUUUUGCCUUACACUCCCAGUCACUUGUAUGUAUUUUGGCUGCUUUCAUGUCCCUUUGACAGACAUCUUUAAAUCGCAGACGUGGGUGACCUGUUUUCCUCUUUCCCGAAGCAAGUUCACCAUAUAGGAGGUCUUUCGGAAUGCGGCCGGGACUCAUUCUUUUAACAUGACCUAGCCACCUCAGGCGUCUUUCACUAAGGAUUGUGAACAUGCUAGGCUACCAUGACGCCCUCUUUGACAACUGUGCGCCACGUAGAUCGGUCUUUUGCCUUACACUCCCAGUCACUUGUAUGUAUUUUGGCUGCUUUCAUGUCCCUUUGACAGACAUCUUUAAAUCGCAGACGUGGGUGACCUGUUUUCCUCUUUCCCGAAGCAAGUUCACCAUAUAGGAGGUCUUUCGGAAUGCGGCCGGGACUCAUUCUUUUAACAUGACCUAGCCACCUCAGGCGUCUUUCACUAAGGAUUGUGAACAUGCUUUGGGUAUUCGCACGCAUUAGGACCUCACUAUUAGUCACUUUUUCUUGCCAUUUAAUACCAAGGAUGCGACGCAGGCAUCUCAUAUGGAAGCUAUUAAGCUUGCGCUCUUGGGAUGUAUAGGUGGUCCAUGUCUUGCUCCCUUAUAGUAGUGUACUGAUGACACAAGCUCGAUAGACGCACAGUUUGGUUUUCUCCGUUAGCUUGGUGUUUUGCCAGACCCGUUUAUUUAGUUUAGCCAUUGUGGCAGCUGCCUUGCCGAUUCUGCUGUUAAUUUCUCCUUCAAUGGACAGUGUGUUGGAGACCUUGGACCCCAAGUAGGUGAAGCUGUCCACAACCUCCAAGUUUUCGUUAUCGAUUUUUAUGUUAGGUGGAGGUCGAGUGUCUUGGGUCAUGAUGUUUGUCUUUUUCAAGCUGAUUUGCAGACCAAAUUCUUUGCAGGCAUUAGAGAAGCUUGACACGAGUUGUUGCAAACCAAUUUCUGUGUGUGCAGUUAGAGCCGCAUCAUCCGCAAAUAGUAGCUCGCGAAUUAGGACAUCUGUCGUUUUGGUCUUGGCUCGGCGGCGGGCAGUGUUGAAAAGUCCUCCAUCAGCUCUGGUGUGUAACCAGAUUCCCUCACUGCUAUCCUUGAAUGCGUAUCGGAGUAGUACAGAGAAGAAUAUUGCGAACAGUGUUGGUGCGAGUACACAACCUUGUUUAACUCCGCUGCUGACUGGAAAGGCUUCUGACUUGGCUCCGUCGAACUGCACUGUACCCUGCAUAUUUUCAUGGAACUCUCUGAUGAUGGCAAGUAGGUGAGGGGGACAGCCGAUUUUUGCCAGUAUUUUGAAUAGCCCGUUGCGACUGACGUAAUCAAAGGCUUUUGUAAGGUCCACAAAGGCAAUGUACAGUGGCAUCUGCUGCUCUCUGCAUUUUUCCUGGAGCUGUCGUAUGGAGAACACCAUGUCUAUGGUAGACCGGCCAGACCGGAAACCGCACUGAGAUUCUGGAUAGACACGGGAUGCUAGACUCUGUAAACGUGUUAGUAUGACACGGGCAAAGGCCUUUCCUACAAUACUAAGGAGUGAAAUGCCGCGAUAAUUAUUGCAAUCACUCCUAUCACCUUUGUUUUUAUAUAGUGUCACUAUAUUUGCAUCCUUUAGGUCUUGGGGGAUGUAGCCCUGUUCCCAGCAGAGGGACAGAAUCUCGUGCAAUGGUUGGAGUAAAGCUAUCUUACCACUCUUUAGAGCCUCUGGUGGUAUUCCAUCAUCCCCAGGCGCUUUUCCACAAGCUAGGCUAUCAAUAGCUUUGCUCAGCUCUUCCUGUGAGGGCACGACAUCAAGUUCUUCCAUGAGUGGCAUAUCUGGUAUGUCAUCUAGAGCGGUGCUGGAGACUGUGGUAACUGUUGAAUACAAUUCCAGAUAAUGCUCAACCCACCGUUUUAGCUGUGCUGCCCGGUCUUGGAUAAUUUCUCCAUUUUUGGACUUUAGAGGAGCAACUUUGGACGUCAAGGGGCCAGUUGCCUUUUUGAUGUUUUCGUACAUUGCUUUUGCAUCGCCCAUAUCUGCAGCUGACUGUAUGCUGGAACAGAGGUUAAGCCAGUAGGUAUUGGCGCAAUUACGUGCAACCUUUUGGGCAAGUGACUUGGCUGUUUUUAAGGCAUGCAACCUGUCGGGUGUAGGCUUUUCCUUGUAAGCCGUAAGAGCUUUCCUUUUGGCUUCAGUGACAGGUUUCAUCUCGUCCCAAUGUUCAUCAAACCAGUCCGUGUUUUUGUGAGAUUUUUUGCCAAAGGCCUGUAUUGCGGAUGUAUAGAUUGUGUCUCUGAGAUGCGUCCAUUUCGAGUCAAUGGUGACGCAUGGGGACAUCCUUGAGAUACCUUCCUUCACCUUGUCUGUGAACAGCUGCGUUAGCGCAGGGUCUUUCAUGCAGAAGGUAUUGAUACGUGGACAUCCCUUUUUCUUGGAGUGGUACGAGUUUUUCCUCAUUAUUCGUACCUUGCUGGCGACAAGGGAGUGAUCCGUGUCACAGUCGGCACUGUGAUAGCUGCGAGUGAGUAGGAUGCUAGCUAGUUGUGCACGCCUGGUGAUGAUGAGGUCCAGCUGGUGCCAUUGGCGGGAUCGAGGGUGUCUCCAAGAUACUUGAUGUAUAUCCUUGCACUUGAAGUAAGUGUUGGUCACACACAAGCCUCGUGAGCAGCACAAUUCCAGAAGCCUCUGUCCAUUUUCAUUAAUCUUUCCUCUUCCAAAGAGUCCAAGGCAUGUGGGCCAGGCUUCGUGGUCGCUCCCCACUCUAGCAUUGAAAUCUCCCAGGAGGUAGAUUGCCUCGUCUUUGUGGAUGCUGGCUAUUGCCUGGUCUAAAGCUCCAUAGAACUGGUCCUUCUCUUCCGGAGUUGAACAGAGAGUUGGGGCAUAUACACUAAGAAUGGUUGCUGGGCCCGCAGCUGUUCUGAGUCUUAGAGUGAGGAUCCUCUCCGUGCCUGAUGACGGGGGAUCAAUGAAUGGUGUAAGAGUGUUCUUAACAGCGAAACCUACACCAUGCUGUCUAGGUUCGUUUGUUGGUCUGCCUUGCCAGAAGAAAGUGUAAUUUGCCUCUUUGAGUGAACCGUUGUCUGGGAGCCUGGUCUCCUGAAGGCAAGCUAUGUCAAUCUAUAGCCUUUUAAGUUCUCUAUCGAUUAUUCCUGUCAUCCGUGUGUCGUUUAUUGACUGCGGGUCAUCAGUGAUGCCGGGACACAUAGCCCUCACGUUCCAGCUAGCGAUUCGAAGAGCUGGGGUCUUCUUUUUCUUUUUUGUGUUUCUUGGUGCAGGCCUGGGCGGGUAUUAUGGAGAAUUAGCUGCUGCCCAUACAGCGUAUCCACCCUCUCCACGUCAAUGGUGUAACCAAGGGAACGACUUGCGUCGAUGCGGCUUGGCUGCCGUUGGCGUCGCAGGAGCUGCCGGUAUGUACAUAAGAGUCUUAUGUAUAGACCGCCUGUAGGUGCUCCAUUUCCUGAUUUUCUGUCGGGGUUUACUCCCUUAGCCUUUCCCGAAGGGUAUAGCCGCAAGGCAGCGGAGGAUUUUUGUAAUAUCACAAAAGAAGAAGAGGUCAUGAUUCCAGGACUCAUCUUCAAGCUCAGGGAAUUCCUUUACUUCGUCUUCUAGGAAGUUAGAUAUUUAUUUUUUCAAAGCAACGAAUCGCUGAACCAUCUCACUUCUACAUGGUAUAUUACAUCUCUGUAGUCGGCGUCUAUAUCUUCAAGAAAAUCUUUAAAAGUCCUAUGUUUGAGUCCUCUUGAUCUUAUGUGGUUGACUAUUUUGACAACAAUCGACAUAACAUAUUCUAAAUGUAACACUUGGCUACACAAAGCCUGAAAAUGUAUAAUGCAAUGAUAUUUUGUUAUUUGCCUUCUGAUAAAAUUUUCAAGGAGCGCAACAGGUCCCUUAUUAAUACCCGUCAUAUUCCACGCACCAUCGGUACAAAUGACCACUAAUUUUAUAAAAUGCAAUCCCAAAUUAUCUUUCAUGCACUUUAUCACCUCAUUGAAGUUAUCUUUUCUGGUUGUGUGACCUGACAAGGAGCACAUUCCAGCGAGUUCUUCGGUAAUUUCACACCGUUUUUGUCAGCAACUCUAAUGAAAAUGAGAAGUUGGGCGGUGUCUUUUAAAUCUGUCCUUUCGUCCAUAGCUAGAGGAUAAAAAGAAAAAUCACAAGCUUCCUGCAUUAUUGUUCUUGAAGAUGGGUGGAAAUAUCAGUUAUUCUUCUUUGUUCUGUCAUUCGCGAUAAACACUUGAAAUAAUAUCAGCAUGCACUCCUUUAAAAAUUCGCCUUCAGUAAAGGAUUUACCAGCAGUAGCAAUUUCCCUUGAAAUACAAAAGGUUAUCUUGGUAGCAGUCUUAUUUUCACUGCUCUUUUUCUUGAAAAAUGUCUGCUCUCCAGUAAGAGUUUUUGAUAAAUUCGCUGCUUUAAUGGAUUUUUCAUUUUUGAAAAAAAUUAGGAUGUUUAGAUUCAAAAUGCCAUCGAAGAUUAUACGCUUUUGACGCAGCAACUGUUUCACGACAUACGAGGCACAGUAUUUUGUCCUUGAAUACUAAAAAAGUAUUUAUUUGUACAUUCAGGAUUAAAAAUUCUGUGCUCUAUCUCUAAUAUUCUCUUUCUGAUUUGAUUUAUGGCGCUUAAAUAUUUCAACUAUAUGUCUAUAAUAUUACAAAAAUAGUAAAAGGCUAGGGAAUAUUAAUUUAUAAUAUAUUAUAUUUUUUCGCCAAAGUCAAAGUCUUCGCGGGCCACAAAGUGGGUUCUCACGGGCUGUAUGUUGUACACAAAUCUGACCAAAAAAAACAACAAAGUAAUAUUAUUUUUAAAAUAAACUCACAUGAAAUAUCCAGCAUGGCACGUCUGUGAAACAAGUACUGUUAAUUAGUCACGAAAUGGUGGUUUAAAGCACAUGGACAAUAUGAAUGGCCUUUUGCAUUGGUCCAGCCAUCAUUGCAUUUGUAAAUAACCUACAGGUAUGCAUUUUAAUAUGAGGGACAUGUUUGUCCCAUAUGCGCCAAAGUGACUCAAAAUUACAGGGUUGUACAAAAAGAUUUUAUUAAUUGUGACGCUAUUAAUAUUAAAUGUUAUUAAUAAACUUGAUGAAGUAAAUUUUUUAUUGAGCAUUAUUUUUGCUUUCCCAUUAGACUACUUGAACAAUGUUUUCAAUUGUGUGUUACUAACUGUUAUACUGGUACUAACAUCUUAAAGUUUUAUUUUCUUGCCAUUGCUAAUUUCUUCAUUCAGGUACUACUACCAUGGCUGCAAGACAGUUUUUAACUACCAGCAUGCGUUUCAACUCAAAAUCUCCUGGUCACAUCAUUUUAUGGAACAGAUCUAUAAAUACCACCUGUGUUUUGUCAAACACAAGACUCCAGAUAAAAGUUCAAAAAGAGCAACUAACAUACUCAAAUUCAAAUGGAAUUUCAUCUCUAUAUCAACCAUGCCAACUACUGCCUAUGAGAAAUGCAAUUCAUGAAAUUACCAAUGGCCUUAUGACAGAUAGCAAAAAAUUUACUACUGGCUCCUCCUUAAAUUUUAAAUCCAUCCCUAAGACACAACUCAAGGCUUCUAGCACAUUGCAAAAUUAUGAAAGAAAUUUAGGUAAACUUUCCAAUGUUCUUCCCAAUUUUAACAAUUUGAGAUUUGUUUCUUUCAAAAGUUUGUUUUCUACUCCUUAUCCAUUUAUGGUUUAUGGUCUGGGUGGUCUGAUUCCCUUUUUAUCAGCCCCUUUGUAUAUGCAUUGGACUGGCUAUUAUUCUCCCAGCAUAGCAUAUGCCCAAUUAGUAUAUGGUGCUUGUAUUUUAUCUUUUCUUGGAGGUGUGUCAUGGGGGAGUGUCUUAAAUAAUGCCAAUAAGGCUAGACUCGCCUCUUUAAGUUACAGUAUUUUGCUGCCCCUUGCAGCUUGGCCUGCAGUCUUAAUUUUCCCUAAUAUUUCAAGUUUUCCAUUACUCAUUGGUGGCCUGUCUUAUGCAGGAUACAAAGAUACACAAAAUGUUCAUUACCCACGCUGGUUUGCCAAUUUGAGACUACUACUUAGUACAGUGGUUGUUAUGACUUUAUCCACAACUUUCAUUUUUCAAUUUACAAAAGAUACAGUCAGUACUCAAAUUGGUGAGGCUAAAAUUCUUUCCCCAUCAAUCAGCGAAAAAAAUGCUUAAAAUUAAAUUAAACCUAAUUGAGUCAAAGCGCCUAGGCAGUGCAUUUUUUUUUUAUAAAUGUGGGGGACAAAUAAAGAAAUGUGCACCUUUUCCUCAUCCCAAAAUGCAUCUGACAGUGACAAUGAAAAAGAAACACAAAAUGGACUGCACCUGUAUUUUAUGAAAGAAUAUUUUCAUAUUUAUUUCAUGAAAGAAUAUUUUCAUAUUUAUUUCAGCUUUGCUUUUACUUUUAAAAUGUGGUAUUUUUGCACCUUGAGAAUUUUCAGACCAGGUACAGCUGCACUGAGGACUUACUUUGUUUAUUUCCUACGUGUUCAUUAAAUGUUUAUAAGUUAAUUUAAUAUUGAUGGUAUUUUUAAAAGAAAAAAAGAACAUAUAUAUGGUGUCUUACACAAUUUUUGUUAAUAAACCUGUAAUGAUUAUUGUGCAAUAUUUAUUAAAAAAAAUUGUGGAAUUAACUAAUUCAAAUAAGAAACACUGAGAAGGUUUUAGUGAGAUUUAACCUUCAUGCACGUGUCUGUUCACAAAUUGUUACCAAACUUAUUUCACCAUGAUACUAUUUGGUAUAUUUUCUGACCUUUGAAAUGAAAUCAUGGCUGUGUAAGCCACCACAGCCCAACUCACUGAAACUAAAAUAACUACGUAAAAGUUAAAAAAAUAAUAAUUUCAAGAUCAGUUUUAAUUUACAUUGACCAAUUUUAUCUUGAUUCCUUUUGAUGUUUUUUUUUUAUUUUAGCUCCAAUUUAUAUCAUACAUUCAUAUCUAAAUAAAAAAAUAACUUUGGCCCUGGUGGUAAACAGCAUGAAGAAUGGAAUGUUAAACUCAUUUUACAGUGUUCUGUGAUAGCUGCAGAAAAUAUCUUCUUAGAUGUUUAUGUUGAAAUGAAAAUCCUAAAUUAAUAAAGGGAUUGAUUGGUUUUUUGUCAUUCAAAUUGAUUUACUUUAAUAUACUUUUGGACUUAAUUGUUCAUGUUAUAGUUACCCAAUAGCUGUUAAAGUUAAGUGCAUAUAUCUGAUUUUGAAAUUAAAAUAGUCUUAUACUUAUAAAUUAUUUCGUUCUUUAAUUUUAUUUUCCACAAUUCAUUUUUUUAUCAGCUUUGGGGGAGGGUAUUUAGAUUUAAAAUGCAUUAGCAUUCGGUUCUGACAUUAGCUAAUGUGACAGUCGUUUACAAAGGCUGACAUCACUUACAGUUAAAAAGUUCAUCUUCUGAUACCGGUACAUAUUUUUUAUUCACAAUUAUGAUUUCUGAGGUGAAAAAAAUUAGAAUCCUAGUCAAGUAGGCAAAUGUAAGUUUAAAAGUUAACCAUUUACUAUUGAAGGGAAUAAACAUUUUAAAGCAAUGAAUGGUCAAGAAAUAAAUUAUAUAGAUACCUGUUUAAAAAAAAUUAAAAUUAAGUACUAUAACAUUAACAUAUGUCCAUGGUUCAAAUUUUAGUUAUAGAUAUUUUCACAUUUGUUCAUUAUAAUUAUAAUACUAAUUCAUUCAAAUUAAUCUAUGUGCCAUCUUUAAUCAGGUUUUCCAGGGUUUUAUGACCAUAUCUCAAGCAAUCAAAUUUACUGGAGGAAAAUACUGUUUGGGGGCUUUGCUGCUUUUUUUACACUGUCGCUUUAUAGGAGACAAGCUAGGCUUCAAUUAGAAAAAUCCUUAAAAGAAGAUAAGGAGCAAAAAUUAAAAAAGAAAAAAGAGAAAGCUCUUCUUCUACUACAGGAAACUGAAUGCUCCGGGGCAACAUUUGUUUCAGAUGCCAAAACAGCGUCAGAAAAAAAUAAAUUGGACCCCUGCAAAGGAAGUCCAUUUUGUUAUGUAAAGUUAAAAAAAGCAUUGAAAAAUGAUCAAAUUAUUCAAGCUGUAGAAUGUUUAGAGGAUGAAACCUAUGAUUGCAUUAUUGAAGAUGAAUUUGAUGAUGAUAACUAUGCCCUUCUUUGAAUGACUAUAAAUUAUAAAGGUAGUAUGGACAUUAAUUUGAAAUGGAGUACCUGUAAUAAAAUAAAGUACAGGAAGUUAAUAUAUUUAUUAAUUAUUCAUAUAAUUAAUAAGGAG